AUGCCUAGAGACUGUUUGCUGCCAGAGGCAGAUGGUGGUGGUGGAGUGUGUGCUGGCACCGAGAACAAGCUGAGCUCCCUCUCUGACCUGGAGCAGCAGUAUCGGGCCCUGCGCAAGUACUAUGAGAACUGUGAGGUAGUUAUGGGCAACCUGGAAAUCACCAGCAUUGAGCACAACCGAGACCUCUCCUUCCUGCGGGUAAGCAAUCCUUUUCUCGUGGGAAUGUGUGCUGGCACCGAGAACAAGCUGAGCUCCCUCUCUGACCUGGAGCAGCAGUAUCGGGCCCUGCGCAAGUACUAUGAGAACUGUGAGGUAGUUAUGGGCAACCUGGAAAUCACCAGCAUUGAGCACAACCGAGACCUCUCCUUCCUGCGGUCUAUCCGAGAAGUCACAGGGUAUGUUUUGGUGGCUUUGAAUCAAUUUGAGUACCUGCCAUUGGAGAACCUGCGCAUUGUUCGUGGGACCAAACUCUAUGAAGAGCGAUAUGCUUUGGCAAUAUUUCUUAACUACAGAAAGGAUGGUAACUUUGGACUCAGGGAACUUGGCUUGAAGAACUUGACGGAAAUACUGAAUGGAGGGGUGUAUGUUGGCCAGAACAAAUUUCUUUGCUUCGCAGACACCAUUCAUUGGCAGGAUAUCGUGCGUAACCCCUGGGCCUCCAACUUCACUUUGGUUCCAACGAACGGCAGUUCAGGAUGUGGCCGAUGCCACAAGUCCUGCACAGGCCGUUGCUGGGGACCCACAGAGAAUCACUGCCAGACCUUAACGAAGACAGUGUGUGCAGAGCAGUGUGAUGGACGGUGCUAUGGGCCCUACGUCAGCGACUGCUGCCACCGGGAAUGCGCUGGAGGCUGUUCCGGCCCUAAAGACACUGAUUGCUUUGCCUGUAUGAAUUUCAAUGAUAGCGGUGCAUGUGUCACACAGUGCCCCCAGACUUUUGUAUACAAUCCUACCACCUUCCAACUGGAGCAUAAUCACAAUGCCAAGUACACCUAUGGGGCUUUUUGCGUCAAAAAGUGCCCACACAACUUUGUGGUAGAUUCCAGCUCUUGUGUCCGUGCAUGUCCAAGCUCCAAGAUGGAGGUUGAAGAAAAUGGUAUUAAGAUGUGCAAGCCGUGCACUGACAUUUGUCCUAAAGCAUGUGAUGGCAUUGGAACAGGGAGUUUAGUGUCAGCUCAGACGGUGGAUUCCAGCAACAUUGACAAGUUCAUAAACUGUACCAAGAUCAAUGGCAACCUUAUCUUCCUUGUUACUGGGAUUCACGGGGACCCGUAUCACACAAUCGCUGCAAUCAAUCCAGAGAAAUUAAAUAUCUUCCAAACAGUGAGAGAGAUAACAGGGUAUUUGAACAUACAGUCAUGGCCUGAGAAUAUGACAGAUUUCAGGGUGUUUUCUAACUUGGUUACUAUUGGUGGAAGAGCUCUCUAUAGUGGUCUUUCCUUACUCAUCCUAAAGCAACAAGGCAUUACCUCACUGCAGUUUCAGUCCUUAAAGCAAAUCAGUGCUGGCAACAUCUACAUAACAGACAACAGCAAUUUGUGCUACUACCACACUGUCAACUGGACCAGCCUCUUCAGCACACCCAGUCAAAAGACGGUCAUUCACCGAAACAAAAAAGCAGAGAACUGCACUGCCGAUGGAAUGGUGUGUAAUGAGUUAUGCUCAAGUGAUGGCUGUUGGGGGCCAGGGCCAGACCAGUGUCUCUCCUGCAAGCGCUUCAUCAGGGGAAGGACCUGCAUAGAUUCUUGUAACCUGUAUGAUGGGGAAUUUCGAGAAUUUGCAAAUGGUUCUGUCUGUGUGGAGUGUGAUCCCCAGUGUGAAAAGAUGGAAGAAAACAUGAUCACGUGCUAUGGGCCGGGACCUGACCACUGCACAAAGUGUUUCCAUUUUAAGGAUGGUCCAAAUUGUGUGGAAAAAUGUCCUGAUGGCUUACAGGGGGCCAACAGCUUCAUUUUCAAAUACGCUGAUGAGGAUCAUGAGUGCCAUCCAUGUCAUCCAAACUGCACCCAAGGGUGCAUAGGACCACGUAUUGAGGACUGCAUCGGCCUGAUGGAUAGAACCCCUCUGAUUGCUGCGGGAGUUAUUGGUGGCCUCUUCAUCAUCGUCAUUGUGGGCCUGACAUUUGCCGUGUAUGUUCGGCGCAAAAGCAUUAAAAAGAAGAGAGCAUUGCGAAGAUUCCUGGAGACUGAGCUUGUGGAACCCUUGACUCCAAGUGGCACAGCACCCAACCAAGCACAGCUUCGUAUCCUGAAGGAAACUGAGCUGAAGAGAGUCAAGGUUCUUGGCUCUGGAGCCUUUGGAACCGUAUACAAGGGCAUUUGGGUCCCCGAGGGAGAAACUGUAAAGAUUCCUGUGGCCAUUAAGAUCCUAAAUGAGACCACUGGUCCAAAAGCCAAUGUGGAGUUUAUGGAUGAAGCUCUUAUCAUGGCCAGCAUGGACCACCCACACCUGGUGAGACUCCUGGGUGUCUGCUUGAGCCCGACCAUUCAACUAGUCACUCAGCUGAUGCCUCAUGGCUGCCUGUUGGAUUAUGUUCAUGAACAUAAGGAUAAUAUUGGUUCCCAGCUUCUGCUAAACUGGUGUGUCCAAAUAGCUAAGGGAAUGAUGUACCUAGAAGAGAGGAGACUUGUCCACCGGGACUUGGCAGCCCGUAAUGUCUUGGUGAAAUCACCAAACCAUGUGAAGAUCACUGACUUCGGCUUGGCCAGACUUUUGGAAGGGGAUGAGAAGGAGUAUAAUGCUGAUGGAGGGAAGAUGCCAAUUAAGUGGAUGGCUCUGGAGUGCAUACACUACAGGAAAUUUACCCAUCAGAGUGAUGUUUGGAGCUAUGGAGUCACUAUCUGGGAGCUUAUGACCUUUGGUGGGAAGCCUUACGAUGGAAUCCCAACUCGAGAGAUCCCUGACCUCUUGGAGAAGGGAGAGCGGUUGCCCCAACCUCCUAUCUGCACUAUUGAUGUUUAUAUGGUGAUGGUGAAGUGCUGGAUGAUUGAUGCUGACAGUCGGCCGAAAUUCAAGGAGCUGGCUGCUGAAUUCUCUAGAAUGGCUCGAGACCCUCAGAGAUACCUAGUAAUUCAGGGAGAUGAUCGUAUGAAGCUCCCAAGCCCAAAUGACAGCAAGUUCUUCCAAAACCUUCUUGAUGAGGAAGAUCUGGAAGAUAUGAUGGAUGCUGAAGAGUAUCUUGUUCCUCAAGCCUUCAACAUCCCUCCUCCCAUCUACACCUCCAGGACAAGAAUUGAUUCCAACAGGAGUGAAAUUGGACACAGCCCUCCUCCUGCCUACACCCCUAUGUCAGGAAACCAGUUUGUGUAUAGAGAUGGUGGCUGUGCUGCAGAAGUGCCGAUGGCAUACAGAGCCCCUGGCUGCAUAAUACCAGAAGCCCCAGUUGCUCAAGGGGCCACAGCAGAGAUCUUUGAAGAUACUUGCUGUAAUGGCACACUACGAAAACAAGUGGCAACCCUGGCAAAAGAGGACAGCAGCACCCAGAGGUACAGCGCUGAUCCCACGGUCUUCAUACCCGAGCGGGUCAUCCGGGGAGAGCUGGAUGAGGACGGGUACAUGACGCCGAUGCGAGACAAACCUAAAACAGAUUACCUAAACCCAGUGGAAGAGAACCCAUUUGUUUCCCGACGAAAGAAUGGAGAUCUCCAAGCUGUGGACAACCCAGAGUAUCACAACGCUCCAAACGGGCAGCCCAAAGCAGAGGAUGAGUACGUGAACGAGCCAUUGUACCUCAACACUUUUGCAAACACCUUGGAAAAUGCCGAGUACCUGAAGAACAAUUUGCCGGAGAAAGCCAAGAAGGCCUUUGACAACCCAGACUACUGGAAUCACAGCCUGCCCCCACGAAGCACCCUCCAGCACCCGGACUACCUGCAAGAGUACAGCACAAAAUACUUUUACAAACAGAAUGGACGGAUCCGGCCCAUUGUGGCAGAGAAUCCUGAAUACCUCUCCGAGUUCUCCCUGAAGCCUGGCACUGUGCUGCCCCCGCCGCCCUACAGACACCGGAAUACAGUGGUGUAGUGACCGCGGUCUUACUGAAGUGGAAAGGCAACCCCUUCUAGCUGCCUCACUCUUUGUCUCUCGUUCUCCUUUUCUCUCUCUCCCCUCUCUCCCUCCCUUUCUUUCUCCCAUGAGCUUCCUCUUCUUGCCAGUUCACUCAUUUUUGAUAUUUCCAAGUGAAGGAAUGUCUUGGAGUCAUUUGCAGAUUGGGUUGGGAACCUGGAAGGAAGGAAGGAAAGAGACUGAAAGAAGGCGUGUACAACCUGGUGUUUAUCACUUUCUGCAGAUCCGAAGGGUCGGAUGGUCAGAGAAGCCAGACAGUACCAGUAAAGGCCAGUGGCAGUGUUGCCUGCUGUUGAGCUAGUUCUCAGUGAUUCAACCCAGACACUGUAGGGAAGCCACAGAG